AUAUAUAGGGAAGUGGUGGCAAUUGCCUUUGCACCCUUCAUAGAUAAGGCACCCUUUGCACCUGCUUUAUAAAUUUUACUGCAUUGUUUUCGUUGAAAGUUGUGUGUAUUUAAAUAAAAAUAUGAUCUUCAGUCUUAGUGCGAAAAAUGAAACAAAUACAUUUAUAGAUAAAAUGGUUUUGAAAUGAAGUUGUGACAAAAUACCUUGAUGUUUAAUGAUAACAGGUUUUACUACUUCCAUUUGUGAAUUUUAACAAAAAAUAUUGGUAUAAUUUUAAUGCAAUGGAGCCUGAAAAGCCCUUUGCAUGUUCUAUGCCGGAUUGUGGGAUGACGUUUACAAACGAAGAUCAUCUCCAUGUACAUACGAAAAAACAUGAUAUGGUAUUGCAGCUUGGCUUGGAGCAAAAGGCAGCAUUUGUGGCUGAUCAGACUCCAACCCCUACUCGCUUCAUUAGAAAUUGUGAGGAAGUUGGGCUAUUUCAAGACUUACAAAAUGUCAAUCCAUUUGAUGAAGGCUUUAAACGGGCGAUGGAAACUAAGCAUGGAAUUUCAUCACUGGAAGGGGCUAAUGUGGCCACCACAUCAGAUGAUGUUCUACAUACCCCACAUUUAGUAUUCCCAAUCAUCGAUUCUGGGGACUGUGCAUUAUUUAGCACUACCAAUAAUCAGAGGAAUAUUACAAUAAGCAGGUAAAAUAAGCAUAUUACUAUAAUUGAUGGCUCCAUGGCGCAGUGGCGUCACAAUGAGUUGCUGCGCUGGGGGCCGUGGGUUCGAAUCCCACACGGAACAAGUAUUUGUAUCAUCAUCAUCAUCAUACAGCCCUUCACAAGUCCACUGCUGAACAUAGGCCUCCCCCAAGUAAUGCCACAAAGCACGGUCUUGAGCCACCUGCAUCCAUCGACUUCCUGCAUGUCUCACCAGGUCGUCACUACCCAUCUAGUGGGGGGGUCGUUCUACACUUCGCCUACCAGUACGAGGCUGCCACUCAAGAACCUUUCUUCCCCAUCGGUUGUCGGUUCUUCGAGCUAUAUGGCCGGCCCACUGCUUCUUCUGCUUACUAAUCCGUUGAGCUAUGUCGGUCACUCUGGUUCUACUGCGGAUAUCCUCAUUUCUAAGUUUAUCAUGCAGAGACACCCCUAGCAUAACCCUCUCCAUAGCUCGCUGAGCGACCUUGAGCUUCCUCAUACGGCCAGCAGUGAAGGACCAUUUCUCAGAUCGGUAAGUCAUCACUGGCAACAGGCACUGGUUGUACAAUUUCGUUUUCAGGUUUUGAGGUAUGUCUAACGAGAAGGUGCGUCGUAGUUUCCUGAACGCUGCCCAGCCGAGUUGAAUGAGUCGAUUGACCUCUCGGUCGAAGUUGGACUUACCUAGUCGGACUAUUUGUCCCAGGUAAACAUACUCGUCAACAACUUCAGGCUUAUUGCUCCCAACAACUACCGGCAUAGGUGUGACAUGGACUUUAAACAUGAUUUAACGUCCAUGUCACACCUAUUGUUUUGUCCAUGUUCAUCUUAAGACCUAUCCCUUGGGAGACACUAUUGAGGUCAUUAAGCAUAAUGCUUAGGUCCUCCAGCGAUUCUGCCAUAAGGACUAUAUCGUCGGCAAAUCGAAGGUGAGUGAUGUACUCGCCAUUGAUGUUUAUACCGCAUCCUUUCCAGUCCAGUAGCUUAAAAAACGUCUUCCAAUGCAGCGGUGAAGAGUUUCGGGGACAUAACGUCACCCUGUCUUACACCUCUCUGCAAUUGGAUAGGUUUCGUACUCUGAUUCUGUACUCGGAUAGCCAUCGUAGUUCUACUGUACAAACACUUCAGCACUUCGAUAUACCGACAGUCAACCUGGCACUGCUGAAGGGACUGCAGCACUGCCCAAAUUUCGACGGAAUCAAAGGCUUGCUCAUAGUCCACAUACGCUAGGCAUAGUGGAAGAUUGUACUCUUCUAUCUUCUGUACAAUUUGUCGAAAGGUGUGUUUGUGGUCUAUGGUACAAAAGCCUCUUCGGAAACCGCCUUGUUCGGGAGGCUGGAAGUCGUCAAGUCUGCGCGCGAGACGAUUCGUAAUGCAUCUCGAAAACAGCAUGUAGACGCGGCUCAGAAGGGAAAUGCGUCUUUAGUUCUUCAAGAGGGCGUUGUCACCUUUCUUGAAAAACAAGACCACCGCACUUCUGCUCCACGCCUCCGGUGUAAUGCCACCAUGGAGGACGGAAUUAAAGAGUCUUUGAAGGACGUCAAGUACCGGUUUUCUACCCGCUUUCAGAAGCUCUGCUGUAAUUCCAUCCUUGCCCGGGGACUUGCCGUUUUUAAGGUGCUGGAGAGCCAUUCUAAUCUCGCUCAGACUGACGUCCGGGAUACCUUUGGAAUAGUGUCGGAUAAGACACGCUCUUGGAUCAUUACUCACACUUGCUUGUGGCUCCAACGAUGACGUGUACAGCUGCCCAUAGAACCUCUCAAUCUCACUCAAAAUCUCAGGUGUCCCGGAAACGAUACUGCCACACUCGGUCUCCAGCUUUGACAGUUGGUUCUUUCUGGCAGACAGAUAUCUGGCAAAGACUUUGGAGCCUUGGUUCCGCUCGAUCGCUUCUUCAAUACAAGCUGUACUGAAGUUGCGUAAGUCCCGCCGCAUGCAUUUGGAGAUCUGUCUGUUCAGUUGCCUGUAUGCUGUCAAAUCUGUUGAAGAAUGUAGCUUCAUCUCCCGUCUAAGAGCUAUGAGAUUAAGAGCGUGAUCGGAAAGUUUUUGUGUUCUUCUGCGGCGGAUCUUGCAGAACUUAGCUCUAACCGCAUGGACAGUUUCCACGAGCUUGUCAUUCAUAUCGUCCACUUCAUUGCAGUCGUCUAGGCACUGAAAACGGUUUUGUAACUCGAGCUGAAAGGUUUCGGGACCUUGGAACAGAGCACGAGGGGGACGGAGCGUUGACUUCAUUAGACGAGAUCUCUCCAACUUAACAUUUAGGUUCAGUGUGCCUCUAACCAUUCGGUGAUCGCUGAGACAUCACUGAACAGUUAUUAUCUCAUUUUUUGUCGAACCAUCGGGGCUCGACCAGGUUAACUUACUGUGGGGCCGCUUCUGGAAGAAAGAGUUCAUCAUAAAGAGUUCCUCUUUCUCCAUGAAGUCGGCCAGUUGAUGGCCUCUUGGGUUCCGUUGCCCUAUUCCAAAUUUCUCUACUUUCAGCUCACCGUUCUCUCUUGUGCCUAGUUUUGCAUUGAAGUCUCCCAUUAACACCGUAUAAUGGUUUGGAGGAAUGCAUGGCUCAAGAGAUAUCCUCAUAUAUUUCCUCCACCUUCUGAUCGGGGAGUGCCGAGGUUGGUGCGUAAACCUGUAUGACCUUCAGCGAAUACCGUUUGGUGAUUCUGAGUAUAAGGUACGCAACCCUCGUCGACACACCCUCAAUCUUUACAACGUUGUUAACGAGAGGCUUGUGGACGAUAAAUCCGACACCUCCUUGGGACAGAUGGUCGCCCUCCCGGUGAUAGGACAAGUUGCCGGAUUCGAGGAUUACCGUGUCCUCCCCCUCUCUUCGGACCUCGGAUAAUCCUAUAAUAUGCCAGCGUAACUUGUCUAUCUCUUCUUCCAGCUCCACGAUCUUCUCGUCAGUCCUCAGGGUGCGUGCGUUGUAUGUUGCCAGGUCGAGUCGUUUUAGGUGGCAACCGAACCUCCAUCGGAGAUUCUUAGCACCCCCUGCCCCGCCGUUACCAUGGUCGCCACCGUAGCCAGGAAUAACGGGGCCACCGGGGACUGGGUGCCGUCUCUUUGUUGCUCUCUUCAUUGGGGGGUAUUUGCCAUAACUGCCACGCUUGGUGAGCGGGUUGGCAACCGCAGUUUUUUUAUUGUACUUAUGCUGUUAUCAGGAAGAUGCUGCUGCCCAUCUCCUACCUGUUUCCCUUUAUCGCCUUUUACCACACCCACGGGAAGAUAUGGGGUAGUGGAUAUUCUUAACCGCCACUACACGGCAAGUAUUUGUAUGACCUACAAAUAAUUGUUCUGGGUCUGGAUGUUUAUCUUUGUGCAAUUUGUGUUUGUAAACUGCCUCCACGACACAGGAAAAAAUCCUAGUGUGGGGGUAACGUUUUUUUAAAAAAAAAAUUAAAAAAAAAGAAUUGCCAGCUGACCCUUUCUGGCUCUACCCUCUCUAAAUCUUUCGAACCUGAAAUGGUCAUAUAAUUUUAUAAUAAUAACGGGCCUUAAAAUACUGUUAUAUUUAUGAAGUCGUUAAUGAAUAACAUUUUAUACGUAAAGCCUUAUUAAUACUAAUUUUUAAUGCCUAAUUAUUACAAGCACAUGUCUAUUUAUGUUGAAAUAUUUCCCAUCAGGUAAUUCUUGAUUUGUACCCUUCAAAGUUUAACCUUUUGACCGCCACGCCAAAAAUGCAUUACCGUGUCCUGUACGCCAAAGCGAAAAGUAAACAAAAAUACCUACGAAAAAAAUAGUGUUGCCAAGAGUUGCUAUAUCGAUAACACAAGAUAACUUGUUUUUGUUGGUUUUUUAUGCAAUAAAUGACUCUUUA